UCGGCAUCUAUACUUAGGAAAGGUUUUACGGAGAGCGAUUGUUUAUGUCAAAAAUUGUCUCCAACUUCCCCCGUGAGAAAUGACUUGAGACGAUGCACAUAUCUGCCAUGGAUAACCAGGUCGAGAACUGUGAAGAGAUAGAUAAGGAAGAUAUCCACUUUUUAGAGAGUAUUGGAAAAGGAUCAUUCGGAGUCGUCUACAAAGCUGUGUGGAAAUGUGUAACUGUUGCAGUUAAGAAAGUAGAAACGGAAUCAGAGGUCAAUGCCUUUUACAAUGAAGUUCAACAAUUGGCUCGAGUUGAACAUGAGAACAUCAUCAAGUUAUAUGGGGCAUGCACAUCCGAUGCCCAUAAGUGCCUUGUUAUGGAAUAUGCCGAUGGUGGAUCCCUCUAUCAUUUGCUACACAAUUCCCCAAACACAGAAUACAAUCUGGCCCAUGGCAUUUCAUGGUUAUUGCAGUGUGCCAAGGCUGUAGCCUACCUCCACUCCAUACAGCCACGGCCUUUGCUGCACAGGGACCUCAAACCUCCAAAUUUGCUUCUUACAAAAGGAGCAAAAAUCCUGAAAGUCUGUGACUUUGGGACGGCUUGUGAACUCAGUACCAUUAUGUCUGAUAACCGAGGAUCUGCUGCCUGGAUGGCUCCUGAAGUCUUCGAAGGGAAACUCUAUACAGAAAAAUGUGAUGUGUACAGUUGGGGCAUUAUCUUGUGGGAGGUGAUAACAAGGCGCGUGCCCUUCGAGGACUUGGGACUAGCAGUGCGCAUCAUGUGGGCUGUGCACCAGAAGCAGAGACCACCUCUAGUGACAGGCUGUCCCAAGUUGCUAGAAAACCUUAUGAAACGGUGUUGGGACCAUGACCAUGUAAAGAGGCCGCGCAUGGAGGAGGUGGUGGAAAAAGUCUCCAAAAUAUGCCGUUUUCUGAAGGGCUUUGACGAACCUAUCCACAAUCCUCCUUCUGACGAUUCAAUAACUGAUUCCUAUAGGUCUCCAUGUAUUGGGUCAAGUACAGGGCACACUAGCAGGGAUGUGAGUGAGUUGAGCACCAACGAUACCGCUGGUGAUGGGCUCACUCGGAGCGCAAUGUCUCAUAAUAGUAUCUUGCUCUCAGAUUUUCAAAAUGCAAGGCCCAUCUGGGGUAGUGAAGAAAGUGAAGGGACGUACCCAGUAAUAGACACCAAUACCAGUGGCAGUUGCUCACCUCAGCUUCCAAGGCCUGCUAUUAGUCCUAAUGUAUCCAGCACAGUGGUUGUGACAGGAGAGGGCUCCCCAUGGAGUACUGCGCCAAGUGAUGACCUGCAUGAGCACAUGCAGCCACUGGCUAUUAGUAUUUCUAAUAUAGAGCCCCCAACACGCUCAGAUGUCACACUCGCUCCUGCCCUCAUUCCUGCAGUAAACAUCCCAGCCCCCAUAGGCUCUCUAGAAGGUAUCAGCCCAAUACAAGUGCCUAUGCGCCGACACCUGACGCCCUGUGAUCCUCAGGGUCAACUCAAGCGACAUUCUGCUGAAGUCACACCGCAACCUACCUCUUAUAAGGAAGGCGGACAGUAUGGUCACCGCCGGUCGUCGUCGUUCGGAACCCCGGGGUCCAAGCUUGGGGAUGAGGAGGGAGGGGGGGUCAAAGGUGGAGAGACGCCCCCCCUCCUCUCCUCCACCUCCCAUCCUGCCAACCUACACAUGCCACAUCACCAGAUAGACCCCCUGAUGCGGAUGCCGGGGGGGAGCAUGGGCGUGAUGGAGAACGCCCGUAUUUACGGGGAUAUGGUUCACCCGGCGCAGCACACGCCCUCUCCCACCUGCACGCCCACCUCGUCAGCCAUCCCUGCCUGGCUAAACCAAUACCCCAACAUGUCUCGGUGCUUUCUGGGAGCUCCUGGACGGGGAGAUCCGCCCGGUCAAGCCCAUCCCUGCCUACCCCGAGUCGCAGGUCAUCUUUGCGGAACACAAGGAGAUGGCACGCAAGUAUUUGGUCCUGCAGCAAGAAAUAUUCAACUUGCGGAAGAACAAGAUUGCCCUGCAGGAGAAACUGUCCCAGGCUGAGAAGCUGGAGCAGCUCGGCAACCAGCGCUACCAAGACAAGAUAAGAGAACUGGAAAAUAAGAGGGAGAACUUGCGGCACACUCACAGCCGACUAAGACAACAGCUGGAGCAGAUUUUGGCUAGAGACGGGAGGGGAGGUGGCUUGGGAUCAAACCUCUCCCUGACCCCCCUCUGAGGACAGGUGCACGCUCUCCCCCUCUCCAAGCACCAGGGCUGUGAUUUGUAAGACAGUCAGGGACUCGUUUCUAGUGUGGAUGAGCUGUUCUUCCUUAGUUUCUCAUGCCACGCCCAUAUCAUGUGAGAUGGAAACACAGUUAAUUGGAUUUAUGUAUAGAUAUUGGAUCAAAGGAUUUAUUACUUUCUGAUCUUCAAAGGGUUCAGAUGUAUAGAAAUUUUCAUCUUGUAUGAUGUUUUUGUAUUUUAGAAAAA